AUGGAUGCUGAGGGACGCUUGGUUUUCUGGAAGAGCGGGCUAUGGGAGGGCGGAGCGCCCACCCUCAAUUGUAACACUUGCAAGAAACGCCGUGCUGACAGAAUGAGCGCUAACGAGCGUCCACAAGGUGAGUUGAAGAAGCUAUCAGAAGAGAGUCUGACGCGGCAACCUGAGGAGGUGUUCGAUAUCAUCUGCAAACUCGGGGAAGGUUCCUAUGGCAGCGUUUACAAGGCCCUACACAAGGAGAGCGGGCAGGUGCUCGCGAUCAAACAAGUGCCCGUGGACACAGACCUGCAGGAGAUCAUCAAAGAGAUCUCCAUCAUGCAGCAGUGCGACAGCCCCUACGUGGUCAAGUACUACGGCAGCUACUUCAAGAAUACGGACCUAUGGAUCGUGAUGGAAUAUUGCGGGGCCGGUUCGGUGUCGGACAUAAUGAGGCUAAGGAAGAAGACGCUAUCCGAGGACGAGAUCGCCACCAUUCUAAUAGACACCCUCAAGGGUCUGGAGUACCUGCACCGGCGGAGAAAGAUCCACAGGGACAUCAAGGCCGGGAACAUUUUGCUCAACACCGAGGGUCACGCGAAACUGGCCGAUUUCGGCGUGGCUGGACAGUUGACGGACACGAUGGCGAAACGGAACACGGUGAUCGGCACUCCGUUCUGGAUGGCGCCCGAGGUGAUCCAGGAGAUCGGCUACGACUGCGUGGCUGACAUCUGGUCGCUGGGCAUCACCGCCCUGGAGAUGGCGGAGGGCAAGCCGCCCUACGGCGACAUACACCCAAUGCGCGCCAUCUUCAUGAUACCCACCAAGCCGCCGCCCUCGUUCAGGGAACCGGACCAAUGGUCACCCGAGUUCAUAGACUUCGUAAGCCAGUGUCUGGUUAAGAAUCCCGAGGAGCGAGCGACGGCGGAAUUUCUGCUCAACCACGAAUUUAUAGGCAACGCGAAGCACCCGAGCAUACUGAGCACGAUGAUCUCGGAGGCGCGCGAGAUCCGCGAGAGCCAGGCCUUCAGGAGCGCGCAGAACUGCACCAACGCCAAGACCUUCGGCGCGGGCGAGGGCUACAGCGAGGCGACGAUGAAGCAGCGCGACGGCACGUUGGUGCCCGCGCGGGACGCCGACUGCGCCGAGCUGGCCGCCGACCUGGGCACCAUGGUCAUCAACGAGCCCGACCUCGCCACCAUGAAGAGGCACGACACGGACCCGCUGGACACGAGCCGGCCCAAGUACCGGCCGCUGUUCCUCGAGCACUUCGAGAAGAAGGAGCUGGGCCGCGCCGCCAACGGCACGCUGGCGCCGCCCGCCCACCAGCCGCCGCCGCCCGCGCGCCCCGACCACGCCCACGGCCACGACCACGCCCACGACCACGGCCUCGACCACCUCGAGCGGCGCGACCACGCGGAGCGCCACGACCACGCCGGGCCGGAGGCGGGCGCGGGGGCGGGCGCGGGCGCGGGGGCGGGUCUGCAGCGCGCCCUGGUGGAGGAGGGCAACUUCGAAUUCGUAAGUCAGCUGCACGUCGUGGCGCUGCUGCCGCUCGCUCACGUGCUCCCUGGCGUUCCUGUCGGAGGGCGAGCUGGAGGCGCGCAUGGCGCGGCUGGACGCAGAGAUGGAGGCCGAGAUCGAGCAGCUGCGAGCGCGCUACGAGCGGAAGCGGCGCCCCAUCCUCGACGCCAUACACCUCAAGCGAAAGCGCCAGCAGAACUUCUAGCCGCGCCC